AUGACAUAUUUUGUAUAUUAAAGACUUAAUUAUUUUUUAAUUAAGUAUAGAAUAAUAUAAAAUAUGAAUAAUUCAAAUACAAAUGUUGUUAAAUGUAUUUAAAAUAUAACUCUUUAUAAUUUAAUGCAAGAUUUACGUCAUCUAUUAAUUAUUUAAUUAGAAAAAGAUUAAGAUAGUUAACAUAUAAGAGGCAAGAAUUUUUUACAAGUUUUAGAAGAAAGUGAAAAUAAAGUAUUACAAUAAGAAAAAAUGAUUUUAUAUUCAUUUAGUUAAUUUCCUUAUGAAAUUAUUGAAAAUUAAAUAUAUAUUGGAAACAUUUUUCAUUCAAACAGUUAAUAUUAUUUAAAUGAUUUAAAAAUUACUCAUUUGUUAGAUUUUUGUUUUUAUGAUGAAUAAAAAGUUGAUUUAAUAAACGAAUACAAAUUACAAAAAUAUAAAUAUAAAAGUAUUCCUUUGUAACCUAACAUUGAAAUCUAAUUAGAUUUUGAUGAAAUAAAUUAAUAUAUUUAAGAUUGUUUAUAAGAAUAAAAUGCAAGAAUUCUAAUAUAUUGCAAAAAAGAUAUUAUAUUUUCAGGAAUACAACCAACAGGAAAUCUUCAUUUGGGAAAUUAUUUGGGUGCAAUAAAAAAUUGGGUCCGUUUAUAAUAGAAUUAUAUGGAUAAAGCAGAAAUAUAUUUUUAAAUAGCUGAUUUACAUGCAUUAACUGAUAAAUAUAAAUAGGUACCUUAUCAUGCUGAGUUAGCAUGGAUAUUAGGUUGUAUAGCUCCUUAAAAUUGGCUAAAUACUAUGACUUAAUAUAAAGAUAAAAAAAGUAAAAAUUCUAGUUUAGGAUUAUAUUCAUAUCCAGUAUUAAUGGCAGCUGAUAUAUUAUUAUAUAAUGCUACAUUAAUUCCAGUAGGAAAUGAUUAAAAACAACAUUUGGAAUUAACGAAAAAUUACGCAAAUAGAUUUAAUUCUUUAUUUUAAAAAGGAUAAAGUGAAGGAAUAAUAUAUCCUAAAUAUUUAGAAUCUGAAUUUCCAAGAGUUAUGAGUUUAAAAGAUGCCACUAAAAAAAUGUCAAAAUCUGAAUCUGCUGAUAGUUCAAGAAUUAAUUUGAUUGAUUCUCCAGAAUUAAUUUAUGAUAAAAUUAAAAAAGCUAAAACUGAUUCUAUUUCUUCAGUAAUCUUAUUUUACAAAAAUUAAAAAAUAUUAUUUUAGAUUAAAUUAGAUAUUAAUAGACCAGAAGUAUAUAAUCUUUUAAAAAUUUAUUAAACUUUAUCGGGAUUAAGCAUUUAAUAAAUAGAAGAUAUGUUUUAAAAUAAAAAUAUGAAAUAAUUUAAGGAAUCCUUAACCGAAUUACUUGUUAAAACUAUAUGUCCUAUUGGUAUAAAAAUCGAAGAAUUGUUAUAAAAUAAAGAUAUUAUUCAGGAUGUAUUAGAAGCUGGAAAUAAAAAAGCUAACGAUAGAGCGAAAUAAAAUAUAAUGAGGCUCAAAAAAGAAAUGGGAAUGUUAGUUUUUUGA